AGCUCGUGCAUUCAGUCCCACAGCUGCCCCAUAAGACACCAAGCCGCAGCUGCGCUGAUCACUGAUCCAAGGUGAACCCUCACACACACACACACACACACACACACACACACACACACACACACACUCACUCACUCACACACUCACACACACAAACCCACACACACACACGCUCGCACACUGUCGGAUCUUUGCUGGGAAUCGAAGCGCACUGUCGGAGACGCAAUGUUGGUCAAACUGGCCGUGGCGCUGCUGGUUUUGUCAGUGCUGGAGCAAGUAGUGGGAUCGGAUAAUAUUGAUAUCCAUGACAGCCUCCCGGAGAAGCCCGCGAGCCAGAAAGGACGCCUCUCCCUGCAGAAUACAGCUGAGAUCCAGCACUGCCUGGUGAGUGCAGGGGAUGUCGGCUGUGGUGUGUUUGAGUGCUUUGAGAAUAACUCCUGCGAGAUACGAGGGCUACAGGAAAUCUGCAUGACGUUCCUGCACAACGCUGGCAAAUUUGACUCUCAGGGGAAGUCCUUUAUCAAGGAUGCUCUGAAAUGUAUGGCACAUGGGCUACGGCACAAGUUCAGCUGUAUCAGCAGGAAGUGUGUGUCCAUUAAAGAAAUGGUGUUCCAGCUCCAGAGAGAGUGUUAUAUCAAACACAACCUGUGCUCUGCUGCUAAGGAGAAUGUGGCUGUCAUGGUGGAGAUGAUCCAUUUCCAAGAUCUCUUCCCUAAAGGUCCAUAUGUGGAGCUGGUGAAUAUUCUCCUGAGCUGCGGAGAGGAGGUGAAGGAGGCGUUGACAAGGAGCGUCCGGCUACAGUGCGAGCAGAACUGGGGGGCUCUGUGCGACAGCCUGAGCCUCUGCUCCUCCCUCGCCCCGUCUCCUGCCAGCUCCACCGUCGAACAUCACCGCCGCCACUUGCCAUCCCACCCUGAGCCAGAGCAUCCUCGCCCGCCACGGCAAGGCGACAAGGAGAAACCCGGUAAGGCAGGCUUCAACGCUCACCCACGCAAUCGCAGUCAGGGACCCCGUCGCCAGAGUCCAGAGGCCGGAGUGGUGGCUGAGCAGGAAGACCCAGAGGCCACCGACAUCCGGAGGUGAAAGCGCAGGAGACUGUCCCAACCUUUGAUCCCCUACAACAUUUGAACAACCACACUUGCAGACUUAUGCACACCUCCACAAACAAAAGCACACACACACACACACACACACACACACACACACACACACACACACACACUUCUCCACACACACACACACACACACACACACACACACACACACACACACACACGCACAUGCAAACACACACACACACACACACACACACACACACACACACACACACACACACACACACACUCUUCUCCACAUACAUACACAUACAAAUUCCCAAACAGACUGAGAUGAAGGAAACAAGCCCUGACCUUUCCUGUCCUUAUUCCGCCCUCUCCAGUCAUUCCAGCAGUCCCACAUGUUAAACUUGCAGGGUAAUUGUGGUGUAGCUUGUACCUUUAUGCCAGACUGUAGGCCACGAUUUUUUUUUAAAUUGAAUAAUAAUUGUUAUUACCAUAAUUAUUUCAACUGUUAGAACUAUUUUGGCUCUAAUAUAGCAUUUCUCAAAUCAUACUUACUGUAAGAUUUGAUUAUAUUUGUAUUAUUUAUUUUAUUCUUUAUGCAAUGUUGAAAUAUCAAAAUGUACAUAGAAAUAUACUUAUCUAUAUUUAUAUAAACAUGUAUAAAUAUAGUUACAAUAUGCAAUACUGAUAUACUAUAGAUGACAUAGUAUAUGGUGAGCUGUCUGUUGUUCUCUUCACAGUAUUGCACCCAUCACACAUUGGUCUGUAGAUAUGUAACAUACACCAUUUGUUUCAGUGGGAAUGUGUAUUAUAAUUAUAGAUACUUGAUGAUUAAAUACAAAUUGUACAGGUUUCAAGUCCAGUUCUGGCACAUAUGAAUUGUAGUGCAUGAUGGCCACAAAGCCAACAAACUUGUGCAUUCUUAAAGUGAAAAUCCAUUUUAAAGAGGAUGCAAAUGUAAUACUAUGAAUAUGGACAGUUAUUUCACACUUGUAUGUAUUAAUAGGUCUCUCACAAAGCUAGAAAGUAAGAGAGCCGAGACUGAUCUCUGAUGUCAUCAAGCACCGCUGUCUGGGCAGCAAUGAAUGGGAGACUGCAGACACAGUUUUAUGGACUCUUAUUAGUGCAACUCUGACAUGUGUCUCAUUUAGAUGCAGAAUCACUCUUAUUCACUCUCGUUAAUAGAGCCUCAGAAACUGUGUCUCAGUGACAUUACAGAUUGUCUUAUAUGUUUAUAGCUUCAGGAGACAUUAUUGUUCUUGUUCACAAAUAAUAACUAAAACUGUCUGAUGUUACACAUUCUCUUUGAGUUGCUUUUCCAUCCAGCUAUCAGUGAACUGCAGCGAAGAGAGGAUGCUCAAUCAAGUCCUUUUUUCAAAUGUAAAAUCACACACAUCAAGGUGCCUAAACUUGUUAUUGUCCACAGUGACCGCUUCUCUGUGAUUUAAGUGAAUGGAUGAUACUGUGUCAUGGGGUGAUUUAAUGUUGAGAUAUUUUUCGACGAUGUUGAGCCACAAAAGUCUUAGAUUUUGCACUUUGGAUGAUUGUCAGUUUGUGUUGGACUGAUGCAGGUUAAGAAAGAAGACCAGGCUAUCGGAGCAGUUGCCCUCCAAUCAUACCUUACUGUACAGGAUAUGUCAUUGGUUUUUCUUAUCAACUACAGCAUUAAGUCCUGUAUCCUCCACAUGCUCCUUAGGACCAGACUGAGCCUCUUCUUUAGAGAGCAAUGUUACUCUUUUGUGGUGUCCCAGUGGGCAGGAAAGAGGCUUGACAGAAACCCUCCAGAUCUCUGGCCCCUCUAAAUUAGCCGUUAUUCCUCUCUGGUCCCUUACCUAGGUCAGGAGAGACAUGAAGGCCUGUUAUUCUACCCGUUAGAGCCGCAGGCAACGCAGCAAGGACCCAGGAACUGGGUUAAGUCCACACACGGGGGCUCUGGCGCUGUUAUUCUAAAUGUUAUAUUUACCGAGGCCACCAGAGAAUUCCUCUGGGCCGCAGCCAAGAGCCAGCAACACAGAGAGGCAGAGAGGAGUGGAAGCAAGAAGGAGAGAGACAUGCUCAACUUUUUUUUUUUAAUGUGAUGAUUCACUCUGUCUUUACUUCUCCUAGGACUCUUCUUCUCUUCCUCCUUUAGGUCACAGACACAGGCUUUUGACCAUUUCAGGCCAGUCACAUGCUUUAGCUGUGGAAGUGCAGUUUGUGAGCACACUACACCACAUGCUGGGGAGCGAUCGGUGCAAAAAGACGACAUGCUCAGAUUUUGUGGCUCAGUUAAGGGUUUUUUUCACUCACCGCCCCUGAUGUACUUACAUUAAGAUAAUGCUUAUUCUCCCAAUCAUUUAGAGACUAUUAUAAGCUCAAAGGGUUUGAAUUAUCAAUGAGGAUUUGAGGCUUUUCUUUUUUUAUUCUGUUGUGGAAGUUGGGAUUCCUGUGACAUCCCGGCACGAGACAUAAGCUAAUCCUAUUGAGAAUGUACUGUAUGUGUGUAAAGUGACAAUCUGUUUCAGCUCUCUGUCAUUUGGUUUGAUAUGGCUUUUUGUAAUAAUGUAGUGGCUUGAAUGGCUGUUAUUUAUGUGUUCGGAGGAAAAUAAAACUAACCACGUUUCCUGUAUUGUUAGUGCUCCAUCACCACAUUACGUGUUUUCCUCUGUUAAGCACAAGGUCUCUGCGUUCACUGUUGAAAAUACAGAACAUGGUCUAGACAUUUGUAACUCACCUGUAAGACAUUGGGCAUAUGAUCCUAUAAAUAUCUUUGGACUCAUGAAGUCAGAUGUAUCUUGUUAUCAUUAAAAUAUGUUUGUCUGUA